UUUAAUGUUUUACUCUUUUAAAUGAUAUAAAAAUUAAAAAUUGCACAACCGACGAGAGCCUGCAAAAGUUGUUAGUGGAAGAAAACAUGAUGGAUAUUUUGCAACUAAUUCGCUACAGAGGAGUGCCUUCAAGAGAAUCGUUACAAUCUGUAGAUAAAAUUUUAAGACCAAUCGUUAUGUAUGAUUUCUCAAGAUAUUUACCCAUGUUAGAUCAGCUUGCUGCUGGAUUGAGUUCCUUUGGGGUGAUGGAUGCUUUGAGGGAAAAUAGACUGAUAAUGGAAGCAUUAUUUGUUGCAAAACAUUCCAAAUACUAUAUGCCUACUACUGAUCAAUUCUUAGAUGGAAUUUAUGCAGUAUUUAGUGAAGAUGGCAGCAAUCGCAAAGAUAAAGAAGUUGAUGUCCACAAAUUUUUCUGUGAUUUCGUGCAGGAUACUGAUGGUUUGGAAGAACAAGAAACCAAUGGUUUAAUCACACUAGGUGAAUUACACAAGUUCAUUACAGGAUGUGAGAAGAUACCACCUUUAGGACUGCCAAAGCGUAUAUCAGUCAAAUUUAAGCAUGGUUGUAUGGAGAGGUGUAAGUGUAGGCCGACUGCCUCAACAUGUGAUCUCAGCAUUACCCUACCAGUCCACAAUUAUGAAAGCUACAUCCAAUUUAAAGAGUCAAUAGAUUCAGCACUUAUUGAAGCUUCAUUUCAACAAUUUUAUCAUUACUUACUGGAACAAGACAGUCCAUGCCUCCUGAACGUUCAGGCAAAUAAAAUAAAAUAUCAGGAACUCCUGGAAUAGUUUCGUGGCGUGAUGGUCUUAUAUAAUCAAACUUCACUAGUCUCCUUUUCAAAGUACGGACAGAGAUAGAAAUACCAUGAUAUAUAUCAAG